UAAAACCUGCGAACACGCCGCUGCCUCCAAACUGCCUGGGGGGUGAUGUGCUGAAGUGGCGGAGGGGAGAGCAGCAUGAGGCUCCAGCUGGAGAAGCAGCUCCUCUUCCUCUCCCUCCUCUGCAUCCUCUCCAAGGUGUGUGCCCAGCUGUGCCGGAGACCAUGCUACUGCCCCUGGGUGCCACCCCACUGCCCCCGUGGGUCCCCCCUGGUCCUGGAUGGCUGUGGCUGCUGUAAGAUCUGUGCCCGGCGCCUGGGAGAGCCCUGCGACUUCCUCCACGUCUGCGACCAGAGCCAGGGCCUCGUCUGCGACUACAGCGCGGCGCCCGCGGGGACAGGAGCCACCUGCAACUUUGAAGACAGCGAGGAGGGCUGCGAGUUGAACGGCCGGGUCUAUCGAGAUGGGGAGGUUUUCCAGCCCAGCUGCAAACUCCAGUGCCGCUGCCUGGAUGGGGGCUUCACCUGCAUCCCGCUCUGCCAAGAGGAUGUCCGGCUGCCCACCCCGGACUGCCCCUACCCGCGGCGUGUGGAGGUCCCGGGGAAGUGCUGCCCUGAGUGGAUCUGCGAAGCCCGGGACCAGCACCUCCUCCGGGAUGCUGCGGCAGCCCCUGGGGCAGUGUCCCCGCUGCUGCCAUACCCCUGCCAGGAGUGGGGCACGGAGUGGAGCGCCUGCUCGGCCACCUGCGGCGUGGGCUUCUCCACCCGUGUCUCCAACCAGAACCACUUCUGCAGGCUUGAGACUCAGAGGCGGCUCUGCGUGGCCAGACCCUGCCCGGCCCUGCCGGCAGCAUCCCCGGCGAGGGGAAGAGGAGGUCGUUUGUAGCUGUGCCCACCCCGGUCGCAUCCCAGAGCCAACGCCUCAUCCUGGCAAAGAGUCUGGCACAAGCCCACGGCACUGUGGUUUUGGUGGAGAUGGAGGACAUGUCCCUUGGGAAACUGGGGAAGAACUGAUGGACUUUGGCUGUGAAGGAGGGUGGAAAUAGAGAACAAGAGCCCCAUGUUACCCAGCACCUGCCUGCUCUGUGCCCCACACUGCCCCAGGCAGGGUUACUGGGAAGAAUCCCUGAGUUUCUGAAUGAAAUGAGAAAUGGGGAAACCCUGCCCCGAGUGUGAACCUGAGAAACUAGGAAGUGGUCCUUUGCUGGAUCGAUGGGGCUUUUGGCGAGGUGAUGCUGCUCCUCCAGCACGUCCCUCACGCACGCAGCUCUGCUCUGUGGGGGCUGUGAGAGACAGUCUCCAGCACCUGGAAGCCCAAAUUCCCAGGGGAACCCUCACACCCUGGUGCCUCCCGGGGAAGGAGGAGGUACAUGGGGCUGCACACCACCAACCACCACCACGCCAGACUGAGCGGCUCGACCGUGCACGAGCUCAGCCGUCCCACAAUUAUCCACCCUGCAGCCCAGCGGCCGCCUUCCUGGGCACGGGGCAGAGGCAUCCUCCUGAUGGCAGCUCUAAUUCACCUUCCCCGCAUCUCUCCAGAAUAAACACGAACCUUCCUGCUCCUCCCGGCCUCCUCCUCUCCAAAGCGCUGGCGGUUUGGCAGGGCUUUGGCGAGCGAGGAGCUCAGACGCAGGAGACACCCGCUCCGCAGCAGCAGACAUACCGCCUGCCAUCCAACCCUGCGCGCCGG